UCUCAUCUCGACAUUUCUCCGUUCGCAGCGGGAAUUCUUAAAUUAGAAUCAGCAUCAGCGUCCAGCCUGGUGGCCAUAGCAGAGUUCAUCCAAUCUCACCUUUAUCUAGGGAUGUGUCCUGACAUUAACUCACUUCCUCCCUCCCUCUCGACCUCCCCGCGUCAACCACGGAACAUCCCCACUUCGUCUGACUCCCUACCUUCGCAACAUUCCUGGUCGGGCAUCUCCCCUGCAUCAACCGCCACCAUGAGCACCUCCAGCAACCACAAUCAUGGCAAUCAUCCCAUCGACAUCCCUCGUCGGCCAUCCCGGUCGGGAAUGUCGGGACCGGAACGUCGCCGAUCUACCAAUCUAAACCCGAACAAUGGCAAUGACCCGGCGGGUGAUUCCAUUGCUUCCUCCCUCAGCCACCAUGCGCUCCGGACUUCCAGUCCCUCGAGUCUGGGCGGCAGCCCGAUCAUUGCCACCGGGGACCCGCAUCACCAACGUGCCCCUUCGUUGGGGGAGCUGCAUCAGGAACUCGAACAGGAACAAGAGGCGCAAGUGAACCGACUUUUGCAUAUGAUUCGCAGCCAGCAAACUCAGUUGCAACAACUACAGCAGCAGCAGUCGUCGCACAGCACGGCUAUUGAUGAUUCAGCCCCUGCGCUUUCGCAACUCCCCUCUGUUCCACCGCUGCUGCCAGCCGGCGGCAGUCGACCGUCCGCGCAGAUUACUUCGUCCUUGUCCAGCCGCCGACCGUCGCGACCGUCCAGCCAGGCCGCUUCGCCCAGUCUCCGCCCAUUGGUCGAUUCUCCCCGCGGCACGGAUGGCUUCGAAGGGAUCACAGGCCUAGGCGAAAGUCCGCGACGCGGAAGUAGGGAUGAGGGCGCUUUCUAUCAUGCCGAGGCAAUUAUGCUCAGCAGAGAAAACCAAAUUCUUCGACAGCGAAUUCGCGACUUGGAACGUCAGGUUAGCGAAAUGAGUUCCACCGCUGGCGGUACUCAGUCGAGCGCAGCCCCGGUCAAUCAAGGGGUCGUCGAUCCUCAUUCUGCCGCCGACCCAGAAUCUGCCGAGGAUUCCACGGACAAGACUUGAGCAAAUAAACACGGAUGAUUGGCCAUGCGCGUCGUUUUCGCCAAUCAACAUCCUUUCCCAGCCACCGUGAACAGAACGCAUUCUUAACCCAGAAACAAGCUUUUGGGCCAGUGAUCUGCUGUCUCUGCCGUCCCGUUGUUGACACACAAUGUGAGGGAUAAGUGCAUGAUUAUGCAGCCAGCCCGCCGCGGCCCAUUUGUGGCUGCAUUGUACGAGUACAUGGGCCUCACAUGGCGUCGAUCUGGACUCGUCGACUCCUUUCAUUUCCCAGCGCCGCGCAUGUGAUAUUUGUGAUUUCAAUGUGGAAGGUGUUUGAUUAAUCCAUGAAUGAUCAUGUAGUUACUCAACAUGAAAUCAACCAAUCAAUUUAUU